UUCCUGUUCGUCUCGCAAAUCGAUGCAUUUUGUCGGUUGUCGCUACCCGUACACGUUCCCUCUCGGUUGUCUGGUAGAGAAUCCGAAGAUGGCUGAAGCUCCCCCACGGCCCUGCCGGUUUUUUUGUCACCGAUGUUCAGCAGAGAUCAACCCUCGUCUCCCGGAGUACACAUGUCCGCGGUGUGAAUCUGGCUUCAUUGAAGAGCUAUCAGUGGAGAGAAGCACUGAAAAUGGGUCCACAUCCACUGCCUCCACCAGCGAUCAGAACCGUCCGACUUUUGAGAGUAUGGACCACCAGCACAUGUUUACAUUUCCGCCCGGAUACGGCCAGUUCGCUCUGGGGAUUUUUGACGAGAAUUUCGACCUCCGAGCGGGGCUGCCAGCAGAAGACAACCGCGAGACGGAGAACCGGCGGGAACGGGAGAUGGCGUCACGGCAACGGUACAGCGCUCGGCAACCACAGGGACGACACAUGCCACGGCGACCGGGACAGAGACACGAAGGAGUGCCCACAUUAGAGGGAAUCAUCCAGCAGCUAGUGAAUGGAAUCAUAGCACCCACAGCCAUGCCGAACAUUGCAAUGGGACCAUGGGGCAUGCUACACUCAAAUCCAAUGGACUACGCUUGGGGUGCCAAUGGACUUGAUUCUAUCAUUACCCAGUUAUUAAAUCAGUUUGAGAACACUGGUCCUCCUCCUGCUGACAGAGAGAGGAUAAAGAACCUUCCCAGCAUCCAGAUCACAGAGGAACAUGUGGGUUCCAGUUUAGAAUGUUCUGUGUGCAAGGAAGACUACAGUGUAGGGGAGACUGUGAGGCAACUUCCGUGCAAUCACCUGUUUCACAAUGACUGUAUAGUACCAUGGCUGGAACAGCACGACACAUGUCCAGUGUGCAGAAAGAGCCUCAGUGGACAGAACACAGCCACGGACCCCCCUGGACUUUCAGGAAUGAACUUCUCCCCUUCCUCCUCUUCCUCAUCCUCUUCCAGCUCCCCCAGUAACGAGAACGCUGCCAACAACUCCUAGAUCUCCAUCACCAUCACACCUCGAUCACACCUCCUGCACACAACCAACACCRCACCCCCACCCUAGGCAGACUUUCACCCCCACUCUACCACUGGCUCAGGAGAGUCUGAAGGGCCGCCCCUCUCAGUGCUCUCUUUAAGGUCCACUGGGAGAAGCUGCUGGGGAGAUGACUCUACUCUGGAGGUGAAACGAUAAACACAAUAUGGACAUUGAGACGUUCUUUUUAGUUUAUUUGAUCCCCUUUCUAUUGUGAACUUUGAACACACGAUCAUUCCUUCCCAUGUGUGAGGACUGGAGUGGAUGCCGGCAUCAGUAUUGUUGCUUCUGUAAAAGGAGAGAGUGAAGAUGAAACUGGAGAAGGAUCCGAACAGGCUGUGGUGUAUAAAAGUAUCCACGUUUGAACCGCAGUGGACUGCGACUUGACUGAGACAUUGUCAUGUCUUUUUGCCAUAAGAUGGGGACACACAUUUUAUAUUUAAAAGAGAAAGUGUUUAAAGUUUAUUUUUUUUAUUUUUUAUUUUUUACUCAACCGUGGUGGUACAGACUUCCAUGCCGAAGGAGAGAGAUAUGUCUACAUAGAGGUAUUCAUAUUUAAGAACAUAAACAAGCAGGUCAGUCACUGUACAGCCAACUGAAGAAUAUCUUACAGAGAGAACUGAGUGUAUGCAUCUGAUUUUAGAAUGAUUUAUUUGCACUUUUCUGUUGCACUACAUUCUGUUUGGUUUCAGGAUUGAGAAUUUUGGGAAACUACAACUGAACAAAAAUGUUUUUGCAUCUCUGAACUUUUCCUCAUUCAUUUUAAUGCUCAUAUUGUGAUUCUCACAUUAAAGUCUCAAUUUAUCAGCAUUUUUCCUAAA